GUUGCAUCUUCUUCCCAACCACCACGAACCGAUACUGGACACAACAUCACUCACUUUUGGGACUCUGGGCUUCACCUUGGGAUGAGCGCCGAUGGCGACUCUACUGUACUUAUACUGCUUCCUUUGCACCGUCGCCGUCGCCUCCCUCGCAGACCUUAUCCCGCUGCGCUCUCCCUCUAACCGCCCUUCCCUGCGCAGCGGCUCCCCCAGACCCCUCAGCCCCCGCGAUGACUACCACUACACUCCGCCCUCGCAGGAGGGGGACGUGACGAGUGACCUUGACCUCUUGGACAUCGUCCUCGUCGCCUCGGUGGAUGGCAAGUUUCACGCGCUAAGCCGCACCACCGGCCAGGCGUUGUGGUCCAUGUCAGGAGUCACAGACGGUGCCUCCUCCCCCUCGACACUCGCCCCCCUCGUGCGGACGGUGCACCCUGACUCGGACCCCGACUUUGCCGACGAUCCGUCGCAGGAGCAGUACAUCAUCGAGCCGCAGACGGGCGACAUAUAUGUCAUGUCGACGCCCUCCAGCCCCCUCCAGCGCUUCCCCUUCACCAUGUCUGAGCUCGUCGACAUGUCUCCCUUCUUCUUUUCCGACGGCGACGUACGGCGCGUUUUCGUCGGCAAGAAGCAGACGUCCCUCCUGCUCGUGGAGCUUGAGACGGGGAAACUCAAAGCCACCAUCGACUCCGAGUGCCCAUGGGACCCCUUCGAGGACCUCCACGACGAUGACGGCGACGAGAUCGACCUAGACGAGCUAGAGGGCUCGAAGCCCCCAGUCGCAAAGACUACGGAUGUCUUCAUCGGGCGCACCGACUACCACAUAUCCAUCCACACCCGGCCUAUCGACCGUCGUAGCAGCAUCUCCCCCACGCCGAUUCAGAACCUCUCCUUCUCAACCUAUGGGCCCAACAACCAGGACAUGCCCAUGCAGUCGCUGUAUCACCGUACCAAGGACGAUGCGUACAUCCAGAGCCUCCCCACCGGGGAGAUCCUGUCCUUCAGGGCGGCGAGCUCCGGGUCUCCGCCUCGCAGCGACCCACCGUUCCUCUGGGCGCACGCCUUCAGCCAGCCUACGGUUGCGAUCUUCGACGUUCUUCGGCGCCCAGGCUCCGGUCAACACCCCUUCGUCCUCCUCCAGCCUCGCCCGAGACUGAAUGAUUUCCUCCCUACCAUGAAUAACGAUGUUCACCUGCCAAACGACGACAGCGCGUACGUCGGCAUGGUCGACCAGACCGGCAGCCUAUUCGCCAUGAGCCCCGCCCGCUACCCACUAGUCGCCUUCGGCAACGCGGAUAGGCCAACACUACCGCCACUCAUUGACGGUCCUGCUCGCACUACAUAUGACGCCGACGCCGAUCUGCCACCAGAAGUCGACGAAAUCACCCGCCAGCGCAAACAACGCGAAUGGGAGAGCGCGCUUCAACGUCACGGACAAUCGCGCUGCGAAGACGCCACGUAUGCCGCGGGGGACCGGCGCUGCCUCGUCGGCAUGCGCAGGCUCGCGGGCGGCGAUGCGGAGGCCUCGAGCCGCAUCAAGCGCCUGCUCGACGGUGUACCGCAGGUGCCCACCUCGCCCGCUGCCAGUGUGCUGGAACCCAGCGCCGGCGCCAACGCGUCGGCGGACCGCGACAAGCACGAACCCCCCGCGGCCGAUAGCCCCAGCUCCGAGCGCCCCUCGCCCCCGAGCCGGGAGAGCGUGGGCAGCUACUGGCAGGCGGUCGGCAUGGCGUUCUUGCUGGGCGCGCUGUCCCUGUGGUUCGGCCUGCGGCGCUUCCGCCCAGAGAUGACGAGCCCGGCGCUGGGCAUCACGCCGGCGAGUCAGCUGGGGGAGGAGAUCAAGAACGUGCCCGUGCAGCCCGUUGUGUCGCGUCCUGCGACUCCGCGCCUGCCGGAUCUGCCAGCACCGGGGUUGGGGUUGUCUCCCACGGAACUGCAGACUCCGCCCGCGGACAUGCAGACCCCGCCUGCGAGGGUGCAGUUCAAUGUGGGUCAGGGCGAGGAGGCGGAGGAGAGCGAUAAGGAGAAUGAGGCGGAGGGCGAUGCGCAGGUCACGCCUGGAAAGAAGAAGGUGCGCCGCGGGAAGAGAGGCAAGGGCAAGAAGAAGGCGAACGGGGAUACGGCGAAUGGCGAGGCGCAGGCAAACGGGCUAGCUGAGCCUGAGGCAACUACACCCCAACCAAUGACGCCGCCUGUGCAGCCUGCUGUCUCCCUUGUGCUCACCGCGAGCCCGGAGACCCCUGCACCCACUCAGUCAUUGGUAGUCUCGGAUACCAUAUUGGGCUUCGGAUCCCACGGCACCGUCGUCUAUCAGGGCUCACUUCAGGGCCGUGCAGUGGCCGUCAAGCGUCUCCUGAAGGACUUUGUCACUCUUGCCUCGCGAGAGGUCAGCAUCCUUCAGGAGAGCGAUGACCACCCGAACGUCAUCCGGUACUACUACCAAGAAGCACACUCCAACUUCCUGUAUAUCGCGCUCGAGCUCUGCCCCGCCUCGCUCGCCGAUAUCAUCGAAACACCCGACAAGGAGCAAUUCCACGACAUCGCGAUGGCCUUCAACCCCAAGCGCGCCCUGCGUCAGAUCACCAGCGGCCUCCGCCACCUCCACGCGCUCAAGCUCGUCCACCGCGACAUCAAGCCGCAGAACAUCCUCGUCUCGAGCGCGAAGAACGUGAACGGCAAGCCCGGGUACCGCAUGCUCAUCUCGGACUUCGGCCUGUGCAAGAAGCUCGAUGUGGACCAGACGAGCUUCCUCCCGACCGCGUACGGCGCGAUGGCCGCGGGCACGGCCGGCUGGCGCGCGCCUGAAAUCCUGCGCGGGGAGGUCAAGCUCGACGAGCUCGCCGACGAGUCGAUGUCGUCGCGCGGGAGCACAGGGACGGCGGGCUCUUCUGGCACUGCGGGGGCGACGACGAAGCCGACACGGCUGACGAAGUCGGUGGAUAUCUUUGCGCUGGGGUGCUUGUUCUACUACACGCUGACGAAUGGGGCGCACCCAUUCGGCGAUCGGUACGAGCGGGAGGUGAACAUCAUGAAGAACAUCAAGUGCUUGGAGGGCCUCGAGCGCUUUGGGGAGGAGGGCUCGGAGGCGGUGGACUUGAUCACUCAUAUGCUGGAUCCUGUUGCGUCAGCACGACCCGACACAACAGCAUGCCUAGUGCAUCCCUUCUUCUGGGAACCCAGUCGGCGACUGAACUUCUUACAAGACGCAUCCGACCGCUUCGAGAUAAUGUGCCGCGACCCGAAGGACCCGAACUUAAUAGCGCUCGAGACGGGCGCGUUCGACGUUGUCGGGAACGACUGGCAUGGGCGGCUUGACAAGGUUUUCAUCGAGAACCUUGGCAAGUUCCGCAAGUACGACGGCAAGUUGAUUCAGGAUUUGCUGCGUGCGUUGCGAAACAAAAAACACCACUACCAGGACCUGCCUGACAACGUCAAGCGCAGCCUGGGCCCAAUGCCAGAGGGCUUCUUGGGCUAUUUCACGCGGCGGUUCCCGCGUCUGUUCCUGCACGUCCACGGCGUCAUCGGGGACUCCGUCAUGCGCUCCGAGUCGAUGUUCAGGUCGUACUAUGAGCUCCCGACGGACUAGAAUCAUUACUUUCGCAUUCGCAUUCGAGGGUUGUUGGGGCUGAUUUCGAAAUUGUUGGGAGGAGGGGGACGAGGCGGACUCAUCUACUCUGUUAUUUGCUUUGCUACACUCGCACUCUGCAUUGGAAGCGGUACUCAUUAAUCGUGUAUUAUGUAUCAUUAUAACCAUAUUUUUUUCCUGCGGA